AUGGAGAAUGAUAAAUUUGUUUGUUUAGUUGAACCCUCCAAACUCGAGUAUAGUAUAAUAUCUUCAUCAUCAGCAAAUAGUAAUGAAAUGUCGGGACAAUUACUCUUGAAUUCGGUUACUUCUUCUGCUUCCGAUAUGGGAGCAUACGAAGGAUUUUCUUCAGAGUCGGUUAUGUCUCUCACCCUCACCUUGUUUAAUCCAUAUAGUUAUAGUAUUAAUUUUGUGAUUUCUUGCAAUAAUCCUGGACACUAUUCAUUGAAAACAAGCAAGGGUACAAUAGAAUCAAAGUGCGAAACGAAAAUCAAGUUGAGGAUUAAACCGGAUUUCCUCAAUGAGCUUGUAAAGAAGGUGAGAGAUAUAAAUGUGGAGGAGGUAGAACAAUAUGAAGAUAUCUUUCAAGUGAAAUAUAUAAGAAGCUUAGAUAAGAAAGAGGCAAUGAGAGCAAUUAAAUCAACCAUCAAGGUUGUAUUCAAACCAUUGGUGAUAACUACAUCACCUCCAUCUCCUCCCUCAAAUCAACAAGUUACUGAGUCACAACCUGCAAGUGCCACAACCAAAAGAAUCCCGUCAUUGAAAUAA